GGCCGCUUCGUCCCGGGGGAGCCGGCCGAUGCCCGGCUCUGGCCGUCCCCUCCUGCCUGCAGGUCUCGCCACGGAUCAGGCAGGCUCCCCUUCCUGCCUGACGCAUUACCCAGCGCCGUCAACGUGCCCCGGGACUUCGAACUCCACUACCUGCAGAGCCGCAUCCCCAUGGGCGCCGAGCAGGAGGCGGCAGUGCCCAUCGCAUGGACUGAGAUCUUCUCAGGCAAGACGGUGACUCAUGAGGACAUCAAGUAUGAGCAGGCGUGCAUCCUCUACAACCUGGGUGCGCUGCACUCCAUGCUGGGCGCCAUGGACAAGAGAGUGUCCGAGGAGGGCAUGAAGGUUUCCUGCACCCAUUUCCAGUGCGCUGCCGGGGCGUUUACGUACCUGCGGGAUCACUUCCCCCACUCCUACAGCGUAGACAUGAGCCACCAGAUCCUCAACCUCAACAUCAACCUCAUGCUGGGCCAGGCGCAGGAGUGUCUCCUGGAGAAAUCCAUGCUGGACAACAGGAAGAGUUUCCUCGUGGCCCGGAUCAGCGCCCAGGUGGUGGAUUACUACAAAGAGGCCUGCCGGGCGCUGGAAAACUCGGAGACAGCCUCGCUGCUGGGAAAGAUCCAGAAGGACUGGAAGAAGCUGGUUCAGAUGAAGAUCUAUUAUUUUGCUGCUGUGGCCCAUCUGCACAUGGGAAAACAGGCUGAGGAGCAGCAGAAGUUUGGGGAACGGGUCAUCUACUUCCAGAGCGCUCUGGAUAAACUCAACGAAGCUAUCAAGCUGGCAAAGGGCCAGCCAGAAACCGUCCAGGAAGCCCUGAGAUUCACCAUGGAUGUGAUCGGUGGCAAGUACAAUUCGGCCAAAAAGGACAACGACUUCAUCUACCACGAAGCUGUGCCUGCGCUGGACACCCUGCAGUCUGUGAAAGGUGCUCCCUUGGUGAAAGCCCUCCCCGUCAACCCCACGGAUCCGGCCGUCACCGGCCCCGAUAUAUUUGCCAAACUGGUGCCCAUGGCUGCCCACGAGGCCUCUUCGCUGUACAGCGAGGAGAAGGCCAAACUGCUGAGAGACGUGAUGGCAAAGAUCGAAGCCAAGAACGAAGUGCUGGAGUACGUCUUUGCCCAGACCAUCGGGGGCGACGCUGCAGUGCUGCGCCCCGAGCUGGCCGUGGUUUGGGAUGGGGGGGACCUGCAGGGAGUGCUCUCCGGGGUCUUCACCGACGUGGAGGCUUCCCUGAAGGAGAUCCGUGACCUCCUCGAGGAGGAUGAGGCUCAGGAGCGGAAGCUGCAGGAGCUGCUUGGGAAGGUCCCACCGCCCCAGGGAUCCCCUCCGCCGCCGUCCCCGGGGCUGGCCGAGGUCAGCAAGGAGUGCUCCAAGUACAUGGAGGUGCACGAGAAGGCCAGCUUCACCAACACCGAGCUCCACAAAGCCAUGAACCUCCACAUCGGCAACCUCCGCCUGCAGCUGCGCGAGAUGAUCCAGAAGGACGAUAUCACCACCUCGCUGGUCACCACCGACCGCUCCGAGAUGAAGAAGCUCUUUGAGGAGCAGCUGAAGAAAUACGACCAGAUCAAGGUCUACCUGGAGCAGAACCUGGCUGCCCAGGAGAACGUCCUGAAGGCCCUGACGGACGCCAAUGUCAAAUACGCGGCUGUGCGCAAGGCCCUGGCCGAGGUGGAGCACAAGUGA